CCGAUCGCUCCCUCUUACUUCUUCUUACUCCUUCCUUCUCACUCCGACCAGCUUCGAUGCAGAUCGGAGUGUACCAGUGCAGGAUAACCGAAUACGCUAUAAGAUAAUGGUUGGUAGCACUGUGUAAAUAUAACGAGUUUCAUAACCUUCAAAGGACAAGUGUAAUGGUGUAACUCGAUAAAAAAUGUUCACAAUUAUUCGUUUUACAUGACCUAUUAUUUAAAAAAUAGAUUUAGUUGCGUAGUAUUUUAUAAGUUUAAUAAGUUGUGUAUAUUUAAAAAUAAUUAUUGUGUUACUUCAUCGGAAUAUCAUUUAAUUAAAUUAUAUAUUUACAACUUUGAGGUUAUAAUGUUUAUAAUUACAGUAUAUUUUUGCAUUCAACAACGCGAUUUUAUUCAAAUAAAGUGAAAACAACUCUGUGAAAUGUGUUAGCUAAUUGAAAAAGUUUAAACAUAAGUGUUUCUAAACAACUGGAAAUAAAGUCUAAAAAUGGCAAGCGAAAUUCAGUGUUUUGAAGACGAAGAUGUCGUUCUUCAGGGCAGCGAAUUACAUGCAGCCUUAACGGGAUUGGGAUUUAAGGAUUUUGAAUGUGUUCCUGUACAAAGAAAUGAUUACUCUGAUUAUGGAAAAAAAUAUAAUAGUGUAUGGUCCAAGAUUUCUCUACCAAUUAACGAAAGAAUUUACGACACUCUUUGUAGCUCUCUUCUUUGUCCGAUGCAGGAUAAUCAGUACUUUGAUGAACAAUUGAGAAUUAUUUUGAGAUUAGAUUGUCUUUUAGAUGAUCAUGUGUAUAAAAUAAAAACUUUCGUUAGUGGCAAAAAGGAAUGCUUUUUUAAAAAAGCAUUGCACUGGUUGCCUUUCUUAGGUUCAUCACUAACAAUUGCAGCUUGUGGAAUGAAUAGAAAGCACAAAAAUGUUUUAAAUGUCGUACUAGCUUCAUCACUUUUUACCUUGACUUUACAUAGAAAGUUUUUACGAUGGACUACCACUAAAAAUCUGAAACGUCUUAUUUUUUUACAAAAUGAAAUUUAUAUCUCAUUCAAGAAAAGUCUCAAGAUUUUGAGGCACUCAUUCAGAAUGAGGUUGGAUUCAACAAAACCGGUCCAGAAGUUCAUUGAACUGGAAAAAUCGAAGCAAAUGUAUCUUCCACCUUUGACUGAAAUUCUUAUAUCAUCUCUAGAGAAUAUUUCACUUAUGUAUUAUCGAGCGUCCAAGGCAAUUUUGAAACUUUUACCAACUUCAUUCAGUACUGAUGAUUUAAUAACGGCUUUUGAGACUGAAUCUUUCUACCUAAAGGGCGAAGUUACUUAUCAAAGUUUAAAGAAUCUCUAUUAUACCUAUCUUCUUCUUCAAUCGGAGAUGCUUCAUCUUUUAGGUAUUGCAUAUAAUCGAGAAACCUGGAAAAAUUCUAGUGGCUGUCCAGAACUGAAACUUUCUCGAAUUAUAUAUAAAUUCACUACCAUUUUAGAGAAAGUUCAUUCUCAAAUACUGAAAUUAUUGAAUGAAUACUCAAGCAAGAAAUUUAUGCCAGAACACAAAGAAUUUAGAGGUUCUAAGGUUUCAAAAUGGCAAGAUUUGUACGUCCAUUUAGAUUUAACAGCCUACAGAUUAGAAUCAGCUUAUAAAAACAUACGUUCGACAUUAGAAGAAAUUGAUUCGCAUGCCGAUGUCAACUCGGACGAUAAUUUUUCUGAAAAGAUUAUGCAGAAUUUAAACGAAAUUUAUAAACAAAUAGACACUGCGAGAAGUUUCACCGAAUUCAGCUCUUUGCUCGUAGCUAAAGUACAACACGAACAAUCUAAAGAAGCAAGUUUUAAAGAAAGGAACCCUCUUCCUGAAGAAUUAAAACCUAAAGUGACUCUUUUUAAUUUGGAACCUCAAAUUUUAGAUGAGGUUUUCGAGGAAUAUAUCAAAGAGGAAUAUAUAAAACCUCUUUACGAGGAUGGGGACGAGUCGGUUAUACAGAAUUACAAAUUUGAUAAAUUGCUUGCUAAGAAUUUCAUGAGUGAAUUGAAGGAUGCGUUGAUAGAAAAGCACAAAUCCAUGUCUGAGCGAGAAUCCAAAGCUUUGCAAAGAAUGUACAAAAACGUUAAACAGGAAGUUUCUGCUAAAGAAGGAGGCGAAAAUUGUUCCGAUAUUGAAAAAGAGAUUCCUCUUCCUCCUCCUCUGCCUUUUGAUAUUUCUUCGUCCAUGAAUGGCGAUGAUGGUCUUAGAAAUAACCAGAAAAAAAUACUUCAACCAAAUCUCGAUAUUCUGAAGUCUGGAGAUGAUAAGGAAGAAAUUAAUUUGAAGAAUGAAAGCGAAAUAUCAAAGGAUUUUCUUCAUGGACAAGAUGUUUUGCAUACAUUACGAAAACCAACUUUGUAUCAGAAUGAAGGCAAGGAUGAUGAUGAAAAAAUUGAUGUACAAAGGUUUUCAAUAGUUGAAUGCAAACCGAAUUUGCAGUUUUCUGCGCUCCUUAAAGUUUCAGAGGAAACUUUCGUUGGAAGUGGGGAAAAUUCUGAGGAGGAAGUCGUUGAAAGUGGAGAGGAUGGUGAAAGUUAAUUUGUAUUUUGUUGAAUUGUAAAUGAUAUAUAAUAAACUUAUUAUUUUAGUAUAUA